UUAUUAAUUAAUUUUAAGCAUUUCUAAAUUUAAUCGUUCUAAGUAAUUUUUGAGUAUUAAAGUCACAUAAAUGUACCUUUUAUAUUUUCUAUUACCGGGGCUUAUUUAGAGUUGAUUCUUUUCUCUCAAAAUUACCCCGUAGCACAGCUUAUUGAAGCUGAAGUUAAAUUAAACUGAAGCGUUUUCUGUGGCACCCCAUGUUAAUUUACUGUUUACCUAAGUACCUGCGCGUGACCGUACCUAUCGCUCAAGUGUAUUUAUCGUCAUUAGAGAGCAGAAGCAUCACAUCCAAUUUAUGAGAUUGAAGCAAUUGGUUCAUUGUGCUUCAUACAAAUUUUAUUGUUAAGCUUGGAUAAACGUACGAGUAUUGCGUUAUACAAAUAAGGCAUUUAGUUGAAUUUUAUUUUUGGAUGUGUCGGUUCAGUGCGCGGGGAACUGUAAAACGAAGCAUCGAUGCUUCCGCAGCAUAUACAGUUCUGACAGAAGAUCGUCUUCCAAACGAUAUUAGUCCUCAAAGUUAUGACAUUCACUUGGAACCCAACUAUGACGAACUAUCUUUCAGUGGAUUAAUAAAAAUGAAUCUUAGCUGGAACAGUGAUUCUAAAAAGGUUUGGUUUCAUGCCCAUUAUGAUUUAAACAUCAAUGAUCGAAAAAUUAGACUUUCAGAAAUAAACGGAGUGCAGCCGGCUAAGAACUACACUAUUAUCCGUGGUGGCCGGCAACCAAAAAAAACAAUUUAUGUGCUGUAUCUUAAGGAAACGGUGAAACAAAAUACACAAUGUACUCUAGAAGUACCUUUUGAAGGAACCAUUUGGAAAACCGCAGAAGGUCUUUUUAGGAAUACCUACAAGAAUUACACCUACUUUGUUACAAACUUGAAACCAACUAAUGCUCGUCGGUUGUUUCCGUGCUUUGAUGAGCCGGGAAUAAAGGUUCCGUUUACCGUUUCAAUUACGAGGCCCAAGGAAUUUAUUACCAUCUCCAAUACAGCAGUCUCAGAAACUAGAAAGCAUCCAACCUUAAGCAAUCUAAUGAUUGAUUACUUUGAAAAAACUCCACCUAUGUCCCCAUUUAAUUUUGGCUUUGUGAUAUCUACCUUUAAAAAAUGGAAUUUAGAGGAAUUAAAGAAAUUGUCCAAUACUCCAUCCAUUCAAAUGUGGAGUUAUAGUGAAAAUACUAAUAUAAAGGAAAUAUAUGACAGACUUAUAAUCGCUUAUAAAAAGAUAGAGGAAUAUGUUGGGAUAGCUAUACCUCUCACCAAAAUAGAUGUGGUUAUCAUACCUGACCUUGCCAUCGUGCGUCCAAUAGACAAUUUUGGUCUUCUAAUUUUUAAGGACAGUGAUAUCUUAAAGCAGCGGUAUUUUGAUUCAGCACAAGAAUUAAUCUAUCAAUGGCUUGGUUCGUGGGUGACUCCGGAGUGGUGGAGUGACGCACAUGUUAACAAAGCAUUAACGAGUUUCUUAGCUGCCGAGGUUGUAAUUCAAAUUGAUGGAGGUAUUGAAUUUAAUGGAAAAUAUCCAAUUACAGCAUUAUAUUCCAUGUACUAUGAAUUUAGUAAGAGAUAUCCUCAUUCUCGCAUUACUGGCAUGAAACACGAGACAAUCGCUUAUAAGACAGAAAUGGCAAUUCGAAUGCUUAACUUUACAUUGAGUAAGGAAACAUUUCAAAGAGCCAUACAAAAUUUCAUUAUGCAACAUCAAUACAAGACAUUUGUGGAAGAUGAUCUGUGGUCGGCAUUAACCAUACAAGCCUUAAAAGAUAAGACUCUUAGAGAACAAUAUUCAGUAUCUGAUAUAAUAAGGCCUUGGCUUCGAAAUCACCGUUUGCCUGUAGUUAAUGUCGAAAGGAAUUAUCAAAAGAAUUCUGUAGUAUUACGACAAAAAAUGUACUUGAGAGAAAGACCACACGAUGUGCCAGGUCAGGAUAAAAUGCUAUGGUGGAUACCAAUUGUUUUAAAUCAUCAGGAUACACUAAGAUUCUGUAACUAUACGCCGUCUGUAUGGAUGGAGGAGUCCCAGAACAUCACUAUUGAAAAUAUGCCCGGAAAAAAUUCGUUCAUUAUUGUAAAUCCGGAGGAAAUCGGACCUUUUCCCGUAAAUUACGAUCAAACAAAUUGGAACUUGUUAGCAAAUUUUCUACAAACUAAGAAGGGCCGAACUGCAAUUCCAGCAAACACAAGAGCGAAGUUGUUGCAUGAUGCCUGGAAUCUAGCUUAUGCAGGCAACCUCAGUUUUGCAACCACCUUUAAUAUGACAUUAUUCAUGAAAUCUGAGCGUGAUCAUAUUGUUUGGAAUUCGGUCUUUACAUUCAUUGACCAAAUUGGAAGGCAUAUUGAUGUGUCUAUAGUGCAUAGACAAUUUGAGCGAUAUGUAUCAGUUUUGCUGUCUCCGUUGUAUGAGGAAUUAAAAGAAGAGACUGAAUAUAUAGACAGCGGGAAAGCUGAAUUGCGAGCUUUGGCUAAGCGCUUCCUAUGUAGAGCUGGCUAUAAGCCCUGUAUUGAUGUAGCCCAAGCUGCAUAUAAGGACUGGCAGCAAACUGCCAAUCCAGACAUGGAAAAUCCAAUGCCAAAAAAUUACAUAUGUCCCGUUUUUAAAUGGGGUACCAUGGAAGAGUGGAUAUUUGGAUUACAGCGAGUAAUACAGUUUCCUAAAUCACGAAUCGCUAGCGAACGUACGUUUUUAUUGAAGUCGCUGGCAGGAUGCCCAACUCAACCCGAAAAGAUCAAUCGCUUGUUGGAAUUGACAGUUUUGAAUAACACAGACUAUUUCUCAGAAAAUGAUGUAUUCUUGAUUUUAACCACAUUGACGGGAGGGUCUAGUGGUUAUUAUACACUAUUUAACUUUUUAAAUUAUAAUUGGAUUCCAAUUAAACAAAAGUUUAAAAAUCAAACUAAUAUAUGGGAUCAUUUAAUUGGUUCAGCGACAGGAUUUUUUACAACCCAAGAAGGCUAUGACAUGGUUCAGAAUCUUUAUAAAACUCACCAUGGUGAAUUUGGUAGCGCUCAACAUAUUAUAGAAAAGUCAAUUCGAAACAUUAAAGAAGAAGCGCAAUGGAGUCAAGCCAAUCUUCCGGUAAUUGAAGCAUGGCUUAACAAAUAUUUUACCAAAAAUACUGAUACUAUUUAACCCUAAUGCUUGUAUUAUAUAUCAUAACUGUAAAAAAAAUGU